CAACCCAGGAGUCCUGGCGCGUGCAGUCGGUUAAGAGGGCCAGCUAGGUAAAUUACCUGGUAUGUGACUUCUGAAGUACUGGUAGAGGUCGAAAAGUAGAAAGUUUUGUCUGUUUACAGAAUCGUUCAACAUGAAUAAAAAUCUGCGUCUGUGCGCAUGCUGUACUGUUCUAUUUGUGGCGAUAAGUGUUGGGCUACUGAUUGCGGUCAUUGUGCUAGCAGUGCAACUGGAACAACUCAAGGACCAGCAGCCGCAACCACGUGCAACCAACGACUGGCGUAAAACUCCUGCAACCCCCUCGGUAUUUGACACCCUUACAGAGAGUGAAAUCACAGAAAUACGAGAUUUCCUUCACAGUAGGCCUGAGCUAAAUUUGGUGCCUGUAAACCGGGCAGAUAUGGGCAGCAACUACAUAUAUAUGAUGGAGCCAGUACUCCCUAAGAAGACAGACGUAUUACGGCACUUGGACAGUGGCGGGGCAAUGCCGGCGCGCAGUGCCCGCGUCAGCUGCUUCAUGGGAGGAGAAAACCCCCCGGUUAUCAAAGAAUUCAUCGUCUCUCCAGUCCCAAACGUUGCCCAGUACAAAGACUCCGACAAUCCUGCAGAGCGGCGCCCAAUUCCUUGGCACACCAGACCCUCUAACCCAGUGGAACUCUCAGCUAUUGACACAGCAUUGCUCAAACCAGUAACGAAAGAACUGUUCCCUAUUCUUAAGGAAACAUACGGAUAUUGGUACCACAACUGUACCGAUCGCUGCUUGGUGUUUAACUUCGUGCCAAGGGGUAUCAGGGACGGCGACAGGCACAUGCUAAUUUGGGGGUUCCGCAGCAAGAUAGACGGCUACUACCUUUGGCCAGUUUCUCUCUUGCUGCUUGUUGACGUCAACGGGAAUGAUCCCACACACUACAAAUUGACCAGGUUGUACUACGAAAAUCGCGCUUAUGGGAGCACAGAAGAGUUACUUGCCGCCUACAGUACUUUACCUAAACACACCUAUCCCUUCCCCACAGCAGGCGCCACGUAUGGUUCCCCCGACCUGCGGGGAGAGAGAAAGGCUAACUGGAAGAAACUACCCAAGCAAACCGAGCCAGACGGAAGGCGGUACACUGUGGAUGGACAGAAGGUGAAAUACCUGGAUUGGGAGUUUAACUUCAGACUGAGAGCUGUUACAGGAAUUCAGGUGAUGGACAUCAGGUUCAGAGGCGAGAGGCUAGCUUAUGAAAUCAGCAUGGCUGACGUGGCUGUCUACUACUCUGGAAACGAACCAUCUGGUUUAUUGGCCAGUUUUGUGGACGCCGGCUGGUCUCUCGGCACGCUCCACCAGCCCCUGAUAAAGGGAUACGACUGUCCGGAGAACGCCGCCUACUUCAACAACACCUUCUUCGAGUCUGGGACCGGAAAACCGCGGACCUAUGUCGAUGCUUUGUGUCUUUUUGAGCAAAACACUGGUCUGCCAGUGCGCCGUCAUCGCUCCAUUGAUUUCUACAAUCCAGACCAGUCCAAGUACUUCUAUAAGUUUAGUAUGCCCGGUUCUGUGCUGAUUCUUCGCGGUAUCCCUACGGUGUGGAAUUAUGACUACAUCUUUGACUUUGUGUUUCAUCCAAACGGUGUUAUUGAAGUGAAGGUGGCGUCAACAGGAUAUAUACAGACGUUCACGUACCCGUUAGGAGGGAACAGCCCCUACGGGAACUUUGUGAACCGGGACUUCGGUAUAUUGGCCAACCUGCACCAUCAUCUCUUCAACGUAAAGGUAGAUUUCGACAUCGGUGGACAACAGAACCGGUUUGAAACCUGGGACCUGCAGUUAGAGAACAGGACCAACCCUCUAGCCCCAGAGGAGAGGUGGCUGCAGAAAAGGACAGCAGUUAACCUUCGUAAAACAGAGAGUGAGGCACUCAUAAAAUACAAAUUUGAGGAACCCAAGUACUAUGUUAUGUACAACCAGCAGCGAAAUAACACAGCCGGCUACGCUCGUAGUUAUCGCAUCUAUGCCAAUGGUUUCUCCAAGGUGAUGCUGCCAGAAGGGUGGUACUCUGAAAACGGGAUCCCUUGGGCUCGCCACCAGGUGACUGUCACCAAAUACAAGGACAACGAGGACACCACGGCUUCCAUUUACAACCAAGCCGAUCCCUACAACCCCGUCAAAAACUUUGAGAAGUUUUACGGCGAUAACGAGGGUAUCGUGGAUCAAGACCUCGUGGCCUGGGUCUCCCUUGGUCUUCAGCAUAUCCCUGUCAUGGAGGACAUCCCUGUAACCACAACACCCGGAAAACAGCUCUCUGUGGUCCUCGCGCCGCUAAAUUACUUCGAUGAAGACCCUUCUAUGACGUCACAAGACGCCAUAGUGGAUCGACCCUAGCUGGGGUU